AUGCCUUCACACCACUCCAACAUGGAGUCGCCAGAGCCUUCUGGUUUCGAGGCCGAGCUGCAAGAUCGACGAACCCUCACCGAGGAAUACAACGUGUCCAGUGGUAGUCUAACAAUAGCGCCAUCAUGCAUCACCACCGAGAGCGAUGAAUCUGCAGUCAACAUAGCCCCUGAUGAGAGCACAGGUUUUGUUGGAAGCAUUCGACGACAUUUUCGAUUGCGCCAUCACAAUAAUCAUGAGUUUGCCAGUCGCCAUGGUGGCCUUGAUCUUGUUCGGCAAAAUGUCGGAUUUACCGGUCGCCACGGUAGACUUGGGUUACGCCAGCGGCUUCGUGAAUUCACCAGUCGCCAAAUCGGUAGAUACCGUCACCGACGGAUGUUCAGACGACAAGACAAUGCGCUUCCAAGCCACCAGACGAGGAACAUUCAACCAAGUUUUGAAGAUCAUGAUUCGAUCCUCAGAGGAUUUGACAAUUUACUCACCGCUCGCCAGGCCAGGAACAACCAGCAGGAUGUCGAAGAUCGUUAUUCGAUGCUCAGACGGCUUGACGAUCUGCUCGCCGCUCGCCAGGCCAGCAACAGCCAACAGAAUGUCGAAGACUUCAAUUCCCAGCACGCAUAUGGAUUGCUCACGUUCGACCUGUUGCAGUUGCCAUCUGUUCCUCAGCUUGCACAUGGAUCGGUCAUGCCCGAAGCUUCCCUGUUGCAAAAUGACAAUAUCGAAGGCCACAGCCUUUCAAGUCCAAGUCUUCACAUGCAAAACCGUGCAGCCAGCUCUGUCAACUCUCACCAGAGUAACAUCCCAUACUACACGGCCAGACAUGAUAACAACGAUGAACUUCGGGUCACCGAAAAUUCCGAUAAUGACCCACCCAGCGACCAGAGUUCUCAAGUACGACGCGGCAGAUCGCUUCAGCUAGCUGGAAGCAAUUUCAGCGAUGCGCUUUCUGAGGUUUGGGGCGGCAGCCAGCCAUCCAGAGACCAUCCCGAAGAACCUCGAGGCAGAAGACUUUUGCGAACCUCCAGCGUUGUCAGCGAUCCGUGGGCAGAGCUCUGGGGUCCCAUCCGCCCACCGAGUGACCCAAGUUCUGAAGAGCGACGCGGCAACACGUUUCGACGAGAUGGGAGCUCUGCCACCGAUCCACUUUCCAUGAACGAGAUACUCGGAGCCGUUAAUACUGCGUUUCACAAUUGCGAUAUCGAAGAAAACGGCAGCUCUCCACAUCCAGCUCCACAAGCACAAGCUCAUGCGUCCAGCUCCGUGCCCCCACAAGACCGAAUCUAUAACGUCAUUUCCGCUCUCCGAGAACCUUCUCGUUCAAUCGGACAUUCACAGUCCGCGGCAAGCUACGACAGCGAGGAAGAAAUGAAGCAAACGAAUCUCAGGGUGGCACGGUGGGCUGAGGAAGUUCAGCGAGCACUUGAGGAGGAGAACAUUGUGACCCUGCGGCCUGAACCAGAGCAAGAACUUGAUGCGUUCUGCUUGGAAGUGGAUCGAAUCAUGGCAGGGAACGUCUCAAUUACCCGUCAUUACGAGGCUGCCGGCCGUGGCUUCGACGGUGCUAACGAUGACGCGGUGCACCGGCAUCCUGUUCUUCUGAGACUGGUUUAA